AGGAAGAUUCUUGAGGUGAAGGUCAUCGAUGAUGAGGAGUAUGAGAAGAAUAAAACCUUCACCAUUCAGCUGGGAGAGCCUGUGCUCCUGGAGGUUGGGCAGAAACACGGAGAUUCUAAUGACAAUAAGCCGGUGGGUUUGGCAGACGAGGAGGAUUUGGCAAAGAUGGGGUGCCCCAGUCUUGGGGAACACACCACACUGGAGGUAGUCAUCGAGGAGUCCUACGAGUUCAAGAACACAGUGGAUAAGCUGAUCAAGAAGACUAACCUGGCUCUGGUGGUGGGGAGCAGCAGCUGGAGGGAGCAGUUUGUGAGCGCCGUGACUGUCAGCGCAGGCGAUGACGAUGAGGAGGAGAGUGGCGAGGAGCGGCUGCCCUCCUGCUUCGACUACAUCAUGCACUUCCUGACGGUGUUCUGGAAGGUUCUGUUCGCCUUCGUGCCGCCCACCGAGUACUGGAAUGGCUGGGCCUGCUUCAUCGUGUCCAUCUCCCUCAUCGGCCUCCUGACGGCCGUCACCGGAGACCUCGCAUCACACUUCGGCUGCACCGUCGGCCUCAAGGACUCCGUCACCGCCGUGGUGUUUGUGGCCCUCGGGACAUCCGUACCAG